AUGACUUUGAGUUCCCGAGGUUACCCUGAAGGUCCAGCGGAGCGUUACGGACACAUCAAGACCACCAUGAAGAUCUCUGUCUCUGCUGCCGUGCUGCUGCUCUCUGCUGCCGUGCUCUCCCUGGACUCUGGAGAAGGAGAAGAUCCUGUUGAAAAGUUUAAAAGGCAGCACAUCUACGAGAAGAUGGGCGAUCACGACUGCACCGCUGUGAUGAAGCAGAGACGAAUCACGAACAAAGGCCAGUGUAAGAGGAUUAACACCUUCAUCAAUGCCACGUUCCAACGCGUCGAAGAAGUCUGCACGAAAGGAAAGAACGACAAUGAGAAUUUCUAUGAAAGCAAAGCCAUUUUCAACGUUGUUGUUUGCACACGGAAACAAAUUGAAGGUUACCCUUCCAACUGUGAGUUCACCGAUACAGUCCGCAACGGGUACAUCAUCAUCGCGUGUAAUAACAAUAACCCUGUUCACUUUGAAUCUCUGUUACUCCCUGGUGUACCAGAGUAA